AUGCUGUCUCAAAGAUUACUCGGGCGAGCUGCGGUUAGGUCUGCCUUCAGGCCGUCGGGACUUCCCUCAAUUGUACCCGCGGCUAGAUGGAGACGGACAUAUGCGACCGAGGCUGAGGAGAAAGACCUCGUCAUCAUCGGUGGUGGUGUUGCUGGCUAUGUCGCUGCAAUCAAGGCUGGCCAGGAGGGCUUGAAGGUCACAUGUAUCGAGAAGCGCGGAACCCUCGGCGGAACCUGCCUCAAUGUCGGCUGCAUUCCCUCAAAGUCGCUCCUAAACAACUCGCAUCUAUACCACCAAAUUAUGCACGACAGCAAGCACCGAGGAAUCGAGGUUGGCGAUGUAAAGCUCAACCUUGCGCAGCUUAUGAAGGCAAAGGACCAGUCCGUUUCGGGCCUUACAAAGGGCGUUGAGUUCCUCUUUAAGAAGAAUGGCGUCGAGUACAUCAAGGGCACGGGCACGUUCCAGGAUGAGCACACCAUUAAUGUCCAGUUAAACGAUGGCGGCGAGACAAGCAUCGUCGGCAAGAAUAUCCUGAUUGCAACCGGUAGCGAAGUCUCUCCCUUUCCUGGCCUCGAGAUCGAUGAGAAGCGCGUCAUCAGCAGCACGGGCGCCAUUGCGCUAGAGAAAGUUCCCGAGAAGCUGCUCGUCAUCGGCGGCGGCAUCAUUGGCCUCGAGAUGGCCUCGGUAUGGUCAAGACUGGGGUCAAAGGUGACUGUUGUCGAGUUCCUUGAUCAGAUUGGUGGCCCGGGCAUGGAUCUUGAGAUCGCCAAAUCGAUACAGAAGAUCCUCAAGAAGCAGGGCAUCAGCUUCAAGACGGGCACCAAGGUCCUGGGCGGGGAGCAAAGCGGAGAUAUCGUCAAGCUCGACGUGGACUCGGCCAAGGGCGGCAAGCAGGAAUCGCUUGACGCUGACGUGGUCCUCGUCGCAAUCGGUCGCCGGCCGUAUACCGGGGGCCUCGGACUCGAGAAUAUUAGCCUCGAGCUCGACGAGCGGGGGCGCGUGAUCAUCGACUCUGAAUACCGCACCAAGAUUCCUCACAUUCGCUGCGUUGGUGACGUUACGUUUGGGCCAAUGCUUGCGCACAAGGCCGAGGAAGAGGCGGUGGCUGUAGUGGAGUACAUCAAGAAGGGCUUUGGGCAUGUCAAUUAUGGCUGCAUUCCCUCGGUGAUGUACACCUUCCCCGAGGUUGCGUGGGUUGGCCAGUCGGAACAGGAUCUGAAGAAGGCGGGCAUCAAGUACCGUGUCGGCACAUUCCCCUUUAGCGCCAACUCUCGGGCGAAAACGAACCUGGACACGGACGGCAUGGUCAAGAUGCUCGCGGACCCAGAGACGGAUCGUCUUCUCGGAGUCCACAUCAUUGGCCCAAAUGCGGGUGAAAUGAUUGCCGAGGGAACGCUGGCUCUUGAGUACGGUGCAUCGAGCGAGGAUAUUGCGCGUACCUGCCAUGCGCAUCCUACGCUCGCCGAGGCCUUUAAAGAGGCGGCAAUGGCCACGCACGGGAAGGCCAUCCACUUCUAA